AUGGAGUGCUUAUGUUUGAACUUUGCCUCAUAUAAAUGUCCUUGUUCUCAGAGAAGCUUAUGUCAAAGGUCAAUCAGUGGGAUUGAUUUGAUACCCAGCUAUAACUGGUUCUGUCUCAUCCUGGAAAGAGGUUGCCCGGGCCCCUCAAGGGUUAGUAACUUCACCCCCCACUAACUAUAUGUGCAGUGUCCCAGACCCGUUUUACUGCUGGCUAUUUGUAUGUAGCCCACAUCUGUAGAAUGCUAGUGUCUUGUUAGGUCAGAUAUUUGUGUGUUUAGCAUUCCUACAAGUCCUAGUGUUCAUAGUAGUGUUUUGUCCUGUGUUAGCUGUGGUUGGUGUUGGGUUUCCCAUUAAGGGCUUUCUGACAGACCACAGACAUAUAUCUGGUGCGUGAAUGAAUGAGACGGAGAAAGUGGGUGACACUCUUCGCAAUACCUGGCUUCCCACAAUCAAAGGGGGGCGCGGUCUCUCUGUAUUCCCUCUGUCAUUGGACAAAAAGAAGAGGAACUGGGCCAUUGUGAGAUAUGAGACUUCAACAAGCUGGCAACACGCAACAGGUGCCUAGUUAGGAGGGUGUAAUGUUACAGAACAUUCAGACAGAACUAGGCUAUAUUGUGUAGAUAAAAUAUACAUUCUACUUUGCUACAGAGAAUAGGCUAUCGUGUCAGCUGCUCUAUACAGGUCACUUCUAUCUGCAACAUCCUGAAUGUCUAGGAGUAGGCCACUGCUUGUUCACACACAGGACUCGGCCUGAGCUAGUCAGACUAGCCACCUGAAAUGCCAAACAACUGGGAAAUAGGACAUCCUGGCAUGUCUUCAGAGAUGAGUGAAUCUGAACAGCACCAGGUUUAGAAUGAAUUCUUGUGAACAAGCACACAGACAAGGCUGCCAGGUCCCAAUCUCUGGAAAUCACUUUCUCAGAAUGUAGAUGAGGUUCGGUUCCGUUGCAUAGGCUAGAUGAGUUAGAGACAGUGUAACAGUUACAAAGACUAGACUAUGUGAUGGGGAGGAAAGUGCAUUCUUCUGUCUUCCUCUUUCCCUACCUAAUAGUAGAUCAAUCUACUAUUGACACUGUGCAGGCUCUCUCUCUGUGUGAACUAGAGAUUCCAUCAGAUUCCUUGUAUAGAUGGCAUCCAGUGAUAAUAGUUAGUAUUCAACUUUAUAUAGCCUAGUAACACACAUGGUUCUAAAUUCCAUGUGAUUUUACAUGGAUCCACCAAUAUAGCGGAAUAAUCACGUUAUCCAUUCCAAUAAUCUGGAGUCUAUAGAGUGGGAUUUCAGCAGCUGUAGAGUGGUCCUAAGGUCCUCUGUAGCUCAGCUGGUAGAGCACGGCGCUUGGAACGCUAAGGUAGUGGGUUCGAUAUCCGGGACCACCCAUACACAAAAAAAAUAAUAUGCACGCAUGACUGUAAGUCGCUUUGGAUAAAAGCGUCUGCUAAAUGGCAUAUUAUUAUUAGUAAGGCUUCCCUGACUUAAGAGUACUAUAAUGUAUGACUAACUCAUAGUGUAUGUUGCUGACUAGUAGUCUUAAUGGCUGCGCCGUAGAUGAAACCAGUGCUGCACAGACUGGUAAAGCCCCUUAAUCUGAUUAGUCCUGGGAGAGGAACACACACACACAGAUACACACAGAUACAUGCUGGACGGGGCUUGGUGAUGGGAGCCAUUCGUGUUUCCUUCAACAUUUCCUCAGAGAAACUCAGCUUCUCUUUGGACCACAGACUGGUGAGUUUUACACGCACGCGCACACACACACACACACACACACACACACACACACACACAGAACCACCCUUUGUGCUGUCCACUUAUGUCUGUUUCAUGCUGCGUGGUCCCAUGGUGUUUAUACUUGCGUACUAUUGUUUGUACAGAUGAACGUGGUACCUUCAGGCGUUCGGAAAUUGCUCCCAAGGAUGAACCAGACUUGUGGAGGUCUACAAUUCUUUAUCUGAGGUCUUGGCUGAUUUCUUUUGAUUUUUCCAUGAUAUCAAGCAAAGAUGCACUGAGUUUGAAGGUAGGCCUUGAAAUACAUCCACAGGUACACCUCCAAUUGACUCAAAUGAUGUCAAUUAGCCUAUCAGAAGCUUAUAAAGCCAUGACAUAAUUUUCUGUAAUUUUCCAAGCUGUUUAAAGGCACAGUCAACUUAGUGUAUGUAAACUUCUGACCCACUGGAAUUGUGAUACAGUGAAUUAUAAGUGAAAUAAUCUGUAAACAAUUGUUGGAAAAAUUACUUGUGUCAUGCACAAAGUAGAUGUCCUAACCGACUUGCCAAAACUAUAGUUUGUUAACAAGACAUUUGUGGAGUGGGUGAAAAACUAGUUGUAAUGACUCCAACCUAAGUGUAUGUAAACUUCCAACUUCAACUGUACGUCUCAGAGUGGCUAACAUGGAAGGUCUCCUACAUGCAUAUCAGAGUGGCUAACAUGGAAGGUCUCCUACAUGCGUAUCAGAGUGGCUAACAUGGAAGGUCUCCUACAUGCGUAUCAGAGUGGCUAACAUGGAAGGUCUCCUACAUGCGUAUCAGAGUGGCUAACAUGGAAGGUCUCCUACAUGCGUAUCAGAGUGGCUAACAUGGAAGGUCUCCUGCAUGCGUAUCAGAGUGGCUAACAUGGAAGGUCUCCUACAUGCGUAUCAGAGUGGCUAACAUGGAAGGUCUCCUACAUGCGUAUCAGAGUGGCUAACAUGGAAGGUCUCCUGCAUGCGUAUCAGAGUGGCUAACAUGGAAGGUCUCCUACAUGCGUAUCAGAGUGGCUAACAUGGAAGGUCUCCUACAUGCGUAUCAGAGUGGCUAACAUGGAAGGGACAAACGGGAUAAACAAUUCUCUCAUUCUUUCACAAUUUCAAUAAGUUGUAGUGUGUUAACAGUUAUUUACCCUGAACGUGUUUGUCUCUCUGGUCAGGACACUGUUAAACCUGGCUUGCUAGAUUCGAUCUCUCAGAUAACAACAGACAACCUGUAAACGAGCAGGCUGAGCAGCUUACCAUAGAAUCAUGGCAGUGUUAAUGCUUUUGGGGAGGUUCUGUCUGGGUUCCAUGGCUUAGCUACCAAAUGAGAGAACUGCUAGAGAAGUGCCUUUCCCUUAAUAUUCUCUGUCUAGCCGUCUAUUUAGUUUAACUCUCCGUUUAUAUUUCUGCCCAAUUAGCCUGAGCCUGGCCCGGGGCAGGACAUGACUCUGCUCUGUGUAGGUGAAUUGGGGGCUGGAGUUUACUAAUGAUUACAGGUUUAUGACCCCUUACAUAAGUCUGUGACUUUACCAACCCAAAGAGAAGGUAGUUGAUGACCAAGAGAAUGUGCACCUCCCUCCCUGUCCCCUACUGCAGGGUUUCCCAGUGUGUGUGUAUAGGUCUACACAGUCUUCAACAGUAUGUGUGUAUGUUUUUCAAAAAAUUGUGGGCCGUCUUAGUGUAUUUGUGUGUGUGUGUAGCCCCAGUCCUCCUCUCUCUGGGAGUCUAAUCAGAAGCUAGCUCCAGCUGGCAGCCGUGUGGGGGGGCUCCUCUGCUCUCCUCUCUCUGAGCUCUUAAUUAACUCUGGGCCUGAGAGCCAGAGCACCGCUUGCUCCCAGACUUCACAUGCAACCAUGCGGGAACACUGACCUGACCUGUAGUAGCACCACUGGAAAAGUAGCCCCAGAGAAGCACUCUCAUACAGCUUCCAUAUUGUUGAAGCAUAACUUGAAGGAAAAAUCCACUCAAAACCACUUAUUCCUUUAAUGUGCAGUGUUAAAUAACACUAAUAUGUGAGAACAAUAUUUUUUGUGAACAAAUGUUUCAUUUUGGCAUUAUAAUAAGGUUGGUAUCAACAUGGGAAAUCAUUGUGGAAAUCUGUUGCAGCUCAAGUAAACUACAAAAUCCACAAUGCAAUGCUCUCUCUAUGGGCUGGCUGGCUCACAACGGCAGAUAUACUUUUGAUGAGAUGGGAAACGUUGCCCAUGCUACGUCAAUGGGCCGCAUGGUGCAUUCUGGGCGAUUCUGGGUCAAGGAGCGCUCUCCUUCAAGGAGUGAAUGGGAGUCUAUUGGGCGCUAGCUCAAAAACCCAAGAUUAGCACGAAUUUCGUCAACAAGAAGUACAACAUUACAAAUCUUUUCCGAGAUGUGAGAUAAUGAACUUGCUAUCUGAAGUAUCGCAUAGCUUUGGAAACAUGACAUUACGUACUUUCGAGGAAAAUAGGCACGUUUCUCGACAUAUACACUGACUUUGAGAAGGGAUUACGUGACGAUUAUCUUAGCAACCGUGUGACGCAGCAUGACAACAUGAACGUGAUAGGUCGACAGUCUGCUGGGUGGGACGUUGUACGUUCCUUCAUCCAUUGGAUUCCUAUCUCCUUUCUAUAAUAUCUCUGGCAACUGCACCAUGCAAUGCACCCUGGACUAAAGAGGCAGACAAAUAGGAAAAAUGUGAUAGACCAACCGUUAAAUUACACAUUUCUUGAGGUAGGAAUAUUGCAAAAAUAUGAUCAAUGGCUCAUUUGAGAGAAGACAUCCUCCUGAGUCAGUAUUGAAAUCUGACAUCGUUUUCGCGAUCUAAAAGUUGUAUUCCCAUUAACUUACGGUGUAGUGAGAGCAAAAAGGCAAUUUCAGAAUGUGGGAGGGACAUGUCCCCCCCGUCCCCAGUGAAAGUUGCACCCCUGGAGGUUCCACUGUUCUACACAGCUUAUUGUGCUGGCCAGGGUAAAGCUACACACACUCAUUUAGUUGAUCUCUAGAUUUGAGGUACUGGCAGGCAGUAACUCCAACUCCUUUGAAACCGAACCCUGUGGUGUAUCCUGCCUAGUGUAGCAGGUCCCAACUGGGUUGUGAAUGUUGGCGCAAGGCAUAGGGGUAGUGGGCAUUGUGCAAGGUAGAGUUGGCAGAGUGGAGCGGGUGGUAGGUUAGGAAGAUAAGAUCAGUUUAUGAGGUAAUACAUUGGAUAGAGGACUGCCUUGGUGUGCCUGUUCAGUGCUAGAGUAGUCUCUUUCAUUCACCAACAUUGUUUUACUGGAGUACCUAGAAGCCUUCAAGGGUGGUGGCAAGGCUAGUACGAGUGGAGUAGGAAUGGUGAUGGUGAUUUUCUUCUGUUUAGUGAUGGAACGAGGUUGGUGAACUGUCAACAGAGAAGAAGGUUUAGCAUUGAGAUAAUCCAUAUGGUGGAAGAGAAUGCUAACAGCACGUAGUCUAACUCUCACUCACUGGAGCUAGAGAGGGAGUGGAAAAGCUCUGAGCAGGUCUGGCCAGACAGAGGCAGUCUAAUCUAUGAUAGGCAAGUUAGGUCCUCCAUGUAGUAUGAAUGUCCUGAAAUUUUGCCAUUAAAUCUGUAUUUGAUUAAAAGGUCUAUAGCGGAGCCACUGUAAGUCAAUUGGGUCAGUGUGAAACUACUCAGAUCUCAGGAUGGAGAUGGAGAGGCAGGGAUCACACCCCCUCUCCCCCUCUUUCCCUCUCUCACCUCUCUCCAUCUGCCAAAUCUGGAGAACAUGGGCAAUUUGUUGCAUUAAUCACAAUGGAUUAGUGAUUCUCAUUGCUUAGUCAUGCUCACAAAGCCCCUCAUCAAAGACUGGCCUGCAUUAACCGCUGCCCUACACACACACACACACACACACACACACACACACUGGUGCCCACUGCUCCUUGGCCAUAGAAAAUACACACCGCCAAGGAGAAAUAUACACUGAACAAAAAUAUAAACGCAACGUGCAACAAUUUCUACGAUUUGUACUGAGUUACAGUUCAUAUAAGGAAAUCAGUCAACUGAAAUAUAUUAAUUAAGCCCUCAUCUAUGGAAUCCACAUGACUGGGAAUACAAAUAUGCAUCUGUUGGUCACAGAUACUUUUAAAAAAGCCCACUGAAGUCAGUUACGAUGCCGAACUGCAGUCAGGUCAAGACCUUGGUGAGGAUGACGAGCACGCAGAUGAGCUUCCCUGAGACAUUUUUCUGACAGUUUGUGCAGAAAUUAUUUGGUUGUGCAAACCAACAGUUUCAGCAGCUGUCCGGGAGGCUGGUCUCAGACAAUCCCGCAGGUGAAGAAACCGGAUGUGGAGGUCCUGGGCUGGCAUGGUUACAUGUGGUCUGUGGUUGUGAGGCCGAUUGGACGUACUGUCAAAUUCUCUAAAACGAUGUUGGAGGCGGCUUACGGUAGAGAAAUGAACAUUGAAUUCUCUGGCAGCAGCUCUGGUGGACAUUCCUAUAGUCAGCAUGCCAAUUGCACGCUCCCUCAACUUGAGACAUCUGUGGCAUUGUGUUGUGUGACACAACUGCACAUUUUAGUGGCCUUUUAUUGUCCCCAGCACAAGGUGCACCUGUGUAAUGAUCAUGCUGUUUAAUCAGCUUCUUAAAUAUGCCACGCCUGUCAGGUGGCUAGAUUAUCUUGGCAAAGGAGAAAUGCUCACUAACAGGGAUGUAAAUAAAUUUGUGCACAAAAUCUGAGAGAAAUAAGCUUUUUGUGCGUAUGGAAAAUGUCUGGGAUCAUGAAACAUGGGACCAACACUUUACAUGUGGCGUUUACAUUUUUGUUCAGUGUACAUAGGAUAGCUGUCACAGAGAGAGAGACUCCCAGACACGGUCUUCCUCUUUCUCGCUCUCUUAUUCUUUCACUCAAAGCUCAGAAACACAUGCUAUUGACAAAGGAGAGCAAUUUUUUCUUGCACUCACAUAUACACAAAGGUUUAGGUCACUAUACUUAGUCAGCAAUAAUACCGUACUCCACUCAAGAUACAUUUUAUUCAUACGUCACAGCAACAUACACAUUUGCACAGUCAUAAAUGCAUAGUAGUUAUUGGCUAAACCUUACACUGGCAGUGGCACCCAUUCAUUUGUAAUAUACAAAUAAUUAGGCCUACUUUACUUUUUAGCAUGAAGUCAUAGUGUUUAUUUGCUUUUGUUUCUUUGAAUUACAUUCUGAAUUCGAAGUGUGUUUUUAUGUGCCUCUGUAGCUGCCUCUGGUGUAAAUCACUUCCUGAAAGUCCUUUCGAGUGGACAGUGUACACCUCACAUGUGUGCCACCUUCAGGGCUGUGUGUAUGGUAGCGGGCAGUCUAGUGUUAAGGCAGUCUGUAUGGUAGCGGGCAGUCUAGUGUAAAGGCAGUCUGUAUGGUAGCGGGCAGUCUAGUGUUAAGGCAGUCUGUAUGGUAGCGGGCAGUCUAGUGUAAAGGCAGUCUGUAUGGUAGCGGGCAGUCUAGUGUUAAGGCAGUCUGUAUGGUAGCGGGCAGUCUAGUGUUAAGGCAGUCUGUAUGGUAGCGGGCAGUCUAGUGUAAAGGCAGUCUGUAUGGUAGCGGGCAGUCUAGUGUAAAGGCAGUCUGUAUGGUAGCGGGCAGUCUAGUGUUAAUGGUAACGGGCAGUCUAGUGUUAAUGGUAACUCUGGCUGAGUUGUACUAGUGUGCUUUUUUAAGGAUAGGCUAAAGAAACCGCUCUUAUUUUCACUUGCACAAGUUCUCUGUGUUUUAGAAUGGUAAUAAAACAUUGAAAUCAAAGUGCCUUUCAAAACAACCAAGGACACUGUAGUAAGAAGUGUAAUAUAAAGUUAUGAUAUGUUAUAAAACAAGAUGUUACAUGUCUUGUCUCUUUAGGCGGGGCAGAGCGAUGGAGCCCCGUCCACCAGCGAUGACUCCCUCUCUUGCCGCCAUGGCUCCUCCGCCGACCCUGACCUUCAACCUCUAGCCCGGCCCCGACCCCCUGGCGACCUUUACCCUAUCCAGGGUAAUGUGGAGGGGGCGACGCCCCCGUCCCUGCUGUCUGGGUGUGGUGCCCAGGUACAGCCGGUGACCUCUGACCCCCACAGUGAGGAGAGUAGACUGAACGGGCUCAACAUGGCCGCCUGGUCCAGCCCUGUGAUAAGCCACCCUGAGAUAAAGCCCUACCCCUCCAGGAUCAUGAGGCUCUUCUCUACCCAGAGGAAGUUCACCGUUCCUGGGGACAGUCCGGGCCCUACCAGGCCCCUCUCCUUCCAGGGCCCUCCAUCCAGUGCCGGGGGCCCGCAGGCUUUGCCAGGCCUGUCAGGGCUGGCCGUCAUGGGCUCCUUUAAGAAGCUGCGCUCCUCAGUGCUCCAAGGCAUCCAGAACCGAGGGACAGCCAAUCUGGAUGGAGAGUACAUCUCAGCAGCCAACCAGGGUGGAGAUAAUGGAAUGGUCACAACCAAUCAGAGCCUAAGACUAAGGUGUGGGGAGGGCUAUAGAGUGUCCAAUGGGGUUGGGAUGAGCCCUUAUGGUUCUGACAAUGAAAAAGAGGAGGAGGAGGUAGUAGAUGAGGAAGAUGGACUGCAGAGAAACACACGCUUCUCUAGGAGUAUUCGGAGAGCGUAUGGGGCGGGGCGCAUCUCACUGCUGGUCACCGGGCAGAACCAGAACGGGGAACGAGGGGAGGCUCCAGAACAGGGGGUUUCAACCAAUCAGAGGCCAGUUUUUGGCUCCGGUUCAGGGUCAGAGGUGAACCUCCAUUCGGAGGAGAGUGUGAAUGUCAACGUGCUGAGCAGACUGAGCAAGAGCGCAGACAACCUACACCUCUUUAAGACCCCUUUCAGACGCAAAGCCCCUUCUCCCUCUCCCUCUCCGAUAAACUCACCAGGUACCGAUGGCUCUGUAGGGGCCAAUGGGGGCCCCAGCAUACAGAGAUCAGCCAGUGCCUCGUCCGUGGACCUUAGGGACCGCAGCCAGAGCCCUGGACGCCUUAGGAGUCCCCUAGGGGCCAAGGGCCACAUGUUGAAGCUAGUGGGCAGCAUGACUGACCUGACCGUGAGACGCAGGCCUAACCCGUCCCCCGUCACUUCCUCAGGCUCCCCCGUGACUCCCCUGUCCCCCCUCAGCCGUCUCCACGACGACUACUCCCGCCGCACGCCCUGCCUUCCCGCCAGCGACCGUCAACGGCGGCCCUCGCCCGCCAGGACCAGGAACGUCACUCCGGUAUCACUGGAACACACGCCAACCGUCCACCCCCAGGAAGGACCAGACCAUGUCUUCAGUUUCCCAACCUAUAGUGAACCUCUCGCUACAACCUCAUCUCCCCUGAGGAGCAGCCUGUGUGAGGGGGGCAGGUCUCAGGAGGGACGGGGAGACGGGUGGAGAGCACAGUGUGACUCCGCUCCACUCCCCCAGGGGGAGCCCUAUGAGAGCCACAGCAAACACAAGCCGGAGGUCAACGCAGAGGUCAAGACGGAACCAAAGCAGGUAAGAGAAUACUUUGAUGCUCCAAUCUGCUACACUGGCUCAGUCCUACUGUAGUGCUUUGGAAUGGUUGGACUACUGAUCUGAAAGGCAUCAGGUGAAAGCGAUAUGCUGGUAGUGACACCAUCAUUUUAUCACAUAUUCCUAUUGAUCAGCGGGCUCAAAGGGAAGGAUAUUGGGUAAUUUGGGGAGUAGGUUUUAGAUAGUGAAAAGUCGUCAUGGGGGUGAAGGCAGACAGUCUCAUCCUUAUCAAUUGGAGCCGAAUGAUCCGUUGUAAGGCCUUUAUCCUAAUAAUUUGAUCUUCUGGCAGUGACCUUUGUCUUAUGAAAUGGAACGUAGCAGUGGAGGUAUCUGGUGGUUUAUGAAGGGAUCUUUCAUUGGUCUCUUAAAGUCAUUUAGAUAAGUGAGUGGAGGCGCGUGUCUCUAGCUUACCAAAGAAUCCAAAGCUUGCAUGCCCCAGCCUAGUCCAAAGUUCCUGUCCAACAUGAUUGGUCAAGUCAGUUGUCAAUCAGGCUCUACAGCCUAGCUGAUUGGCCCCAGCCCCGUGUCACAUCUACUGUCACUUUCUCUGUGUGUUAUAAGCGUCGGUCUAGUGUAUUUGUCCACACUGUGAUUGCGUGACUCCCAGCAGCGUCACGUGUAGGCCAGCUGUAGAGGCCAUCCACUCUGAAGGAGCAGAACAGGCACAGUUAAUCAUUAGGUAUUGUUUAUGAUUGGUGGUGGGAUUGGUUGCGUAAGCAAGCAGGGCUCCCGUUCCAGUGUGCUAUGGCUGGCUGGCUGGUUAUCAGUAAGAGCAAUGCUGUCCUCUCCCCUCCUUCUCCCAAGCCCUCCCUUCCCCACUCUGCCCUCAACGACAGGCAGGCAGGCAGGCCACAGGGACAAAGUCCACUAGUCACGCUGGGCCUUGGAGAGUUUACAGAGAGAGAUCUAGGAAAAUGCUACCGACACAACCAGGAAUAAUACACUGUCUGGGUUGUUAGAGGACUGAAGAUUGAUCAGAAGAGUGGUUUAUUUGAUUGAGGACCAUGAUGGCAGAUUUGAGUUGAUAAGAUGGAGAGAAAGGAGCUGAUUUUCAUUGCUUGAAGAGAGAGAAGCAGGCAGGGGAACGUGUAGUAGAGGACUAAAGGAGAGGGAGACCCAGGCCUCGGGACAGAGGCCUGUGAGUGUGUUGUUUGACCAUGGUGCUGAUCCACUGUGUACCUUUCCAGUGCAUAUGGACCAGACCAGCCCAAGAUCAGGAGGAGCAGGAGGUAAGAGAACAUCUCUCUCUUCUGACAAACCAAUACCAAUGACAAACAAACUGAACCAGUUCAGUACACAGUAUAGUAGUAAGCUCUCUGGUCAGUUACAGACAAACCACAUCCUUUCGAAUGGGCAGAAAUGUGUUCUCUUCUGUCGCUCCUCCUUGUGUUUACACAUACAAUUUGAUAAGACUUUUUACAUUUCUUGAGGUGAUGUGAUAUGGGAAAAGAAUGUGCAAAGAUAAAUAUUCCAUAUUAGUGACAUUAGUACUGACCUUCCACAUUUGACACGUCAGUUAAACAACAUGCUCUGUUUUUGAUUAACAGACGUUCUUUCCUGAGGAUGUGUUAAAUGUUAGGAGCAGGCGUUGUGGGACAUCUCAUUGACCUUUCACCUUUUCUCUUACCCUCAGGGCACGUCAGACGAACAGGGCAGAGAGGCACUAUUAAAGGGUGAAGAGAAGCCCUCUCCUUCAGCCACCGGUACCCCUCUCACCCAAACAUGUUCCCUAGACUCUCCCACAUCACCCAUGUCACCUACAUCAUCCACGGCAACAGGCGCAACGGAAACAUCCACGUCCGUCACCCCCAGGCGGAGGACGGGCCGAUCGAGGCCUCGGCCAAUCUCUGACUACGCUCAGCUGGUUGCCAGGAAGUACGCCAUCCCCGAGGAGGAGGUGGAGCUACAUCCUGAGGAGAGGACUACAAAUGGAACUCCCUGUCAGGACUUCAAAAGUAAUGGAGGCUCGCAGGACAGAGACAGCCCAGAGAAUUACAAUAUGAAUGGAGAUCUCCAGUGCCGGAGGAGACGGCCCAUGUCUGUGAUUGGAGGAGUGGAUCUGUACGCUUCAGCUGGACCUGAGGAGAGAGAGGACCGCCUGCCCUCUGUAAGCACCUCACUGUUAAACAAUGGCUAGAUAUACUGAGAUAAAAUAAAAUAAAAUACAAUUUUAUUGGCCACAUGCGCCGAAUACAACAGGUGUAGACAUUACAGUGAAAUGCUUACUUACAGCCCUUAACCAACAGUGCAUUUAUUUUUUAUAAAAAAGUAAAAUAAAACAACAAAAAAGUGUUGAGAAAAAAAGAGCAGAAGUAAAAUAAAAUAACAGAGAGAUUUGUAACACCUGUUAUAUUCCAGAGGAAAUGCCCAGUAUGUCAAAUAAUGUCCUGUUUGUGAUUGACGUGCAAAACCCCUGGACGUUCCCAAAGGCCCCUAACACUGUCCUCUCCAUGUCUCUCUAGCCCCUCUCACGCCCCCCUGUCCCGUCCCACCAGGUGCCCUCCUACAGGGCGGUGUCGGCCAGGUUUCGCCCCUCCACCUUCUCCCAGAGCACCCCCAUCGGACUGGACCGCCUCGGACGACGCAAACUACACAGAGUCCUCAGUGGUACGGGAGGGAGUGUGUGUGAAAGGGAGGAGGGAGUGUGUGUGAAAGGGAGGAAUAAAGAUGGCGAGAGCAUGUUUGUGUGUGAAAGGGAGGAAUAAAGAUGGAGAGAGCAUGUUUGUGUGUGAAAGGGAGGAAUAAAGAUGGAGAGAGCAUGUUUGUGUGUGAAAGGGAGGAAUAAAGAUGGAGAGAGCAGGUCUGUGUGUGAGAAUGAGGAAUAAAGAUGGAGAGAGCAGGUCUGUGUGUGAGAGGGAGGAAUAAAGAUGGAGAGAGCAGGUCUGUGUGUGAAAGGGAGGAAUAAAGAUGGAGAGAGCAGGUCUGUGUGUGAAAGGGAGCAAUACAGAUGGAGAGAGCAGGUCUGUGUGUGAGAGGGAGGAAUAAAGAUGGAGAGAGCAGGUCUGUGUGUGAGAAUGAGAGGAAUAAAGAUGGAGAGAGCAGGUCUGUGUGUGAGAGGGAGGAAUAAAGAUGGAGAGAGCAGGUCUGUGUGUGAGAAUGAGAUGCUGAGUGGGGUAGAUUAUCUGUAAAAGAAGAGCAAAGCAGAGGAGAGCUUUGAAAGUUACUGUGUGAAAUGAAAGUGUGUUUACCAUCUUUCCAGAGUGUAAUGUGUAGAGCAGGGUUCCCCAACUGGCGGCCCGCCGGUGGUUUUAUUUGUCCCCCCAAGUUUUUUUCAUUUUGUUUUCAUUGUUGGACAUAAAAGACUAAAACAGCAGGAAAUCAGCUCCAAGUGAUUUCAAUGUAAGAAAUCUGUUCCCAAGUAUUCCCAUGCAUAAUAGAGUGAAACGUGAUCGAAUACAAAUGUAAGCAAUGUUUGAAGUGAUUAUGUUUUAGUCAAACAUUAUAUCUGUUUGGGCUACUUGCGGUCAAUUUGCCUUCUACAAAUUAUUUGUAAUCAUGUCGCGGCCCCCCGACCAUCCUCUCAGGAAAAAAUCGGCCCACGGCUGAAUCUAGUUGAUGAUCCCUGGUGUAGAGAGUGCUGUUAUGUUUGUGUGUGUGUGUGUGUGAGAGCAUGUCUGAUGUGUGUAACUGUACUAACUCUCUCCUCCCCACAGCAGACGGAGGCUCAGAGUGUUGUGCAGCGGUGGAUGGUGACAGUGUGAGUGAGGAGGAGGGGAGCUUCGAUGAGCUCAGUGAUGUCACAACGUACCUGCAGCCUGGGGUGGGGCUGUCUGCUCUCAGCCAGGUGAGCUUUUUAUCUACCUGCCUGCCUGUGUGUUAACCUGCAGGAUUUGUUCAGCAUCGCCAAUGUUCUGCAACCGUUCCUGGCAACAGAUGGAACCAAUGUUCCCUCAAAAAAAGGUCUGCUGAGCGCAAACUUGAAUGCUGGGAAAAUUCAGUGCAACUUUCAGCGUGCGUUUACUGUGAACACUGAGGCUGUACCCGCUUUAAGUUACUGUUAUAACAGUGACCAAGUAGGCUGCUGUGGCUAUUUUAUCAUAAUGUAGGCCUAACAGAGUGGCCUAUCAUCAAAAACAAUGGAGAAAAUGCAUCCCAUAACAUUUUAACAUGGAAAUAGCUGUUCUAUCAUUCAGCCUACAGUAGCAGCCAAUGUGUGGUGUUCAAUGUAGGUGUACAUUCCAUGAGACUUUUGAAAAAACUAAACAUGCAGGGCUUGACAUUAACCUUCAGAUAAGGAGGUGACUGAAAAUGUUGUGUUGUUUGAUGCAAGAAACCACUUUACAAAAUAAAAUACAUUAUUAUUCCCAUACCAUUAUUACAGAGAAUCAGACAAAUGAUGCUGCCUAUUGGCUACUUAGCUUAUUCAAGCCUGUCUCAAAAUACAAAUCAAAUUUUAUUGGUAACAUACACAUGUUUAGCAGAUGUUAUUGCAGUUUUAACGAAAUGCUUGUGUUCCUAGCUCCAACAGUGCAGUAGUAUCUAACGGCAGGUAGCUUAGAGGUUAAGAGCGUUGUGCCAGUAACCAAAAGGUCGCUGGUUCUAAUCCCCGAGCCGACUAGGUGAAAAAUCUGUCGAUGUGCCCUUGAGCAAGGGACUUAACCCUAAAUUGCUCCUGUAAGUCGCUCUGGAUAAGAGCGUCUGCUAAAUGACUAAAAUGUAAAUGUAAAAUUCACAACAAUACACAAAUCUAAAAGUAAAAGAAUGGAAUUAAGAAAUAUAUAACUAUUAGGACAAGCAAUGUCGGAGUGGCAUUGACUAAAAUACAGUAGAAUAGAAUACAGUAUAUACAUAUGAGAUGAGUAAAGCAGUAUGUAAACAUUAUUAAAGUGACUAGUGUUCCAUUAUUAAAGAGGCCAGUGAUUCCAUGUCUGUAUACAGGGCAGCAGCCUCUAAGGUGCAGGGUUGAGUAACCUGCUGGUAGCCGGCUAGUGAUGGCCUUUUAACAGUAUCAUGGCCUUGAAAUAGAAUAUGUUUUUCAGUCUCUCGGUCCCCGCUUUGAUGCACCUGUACUGACCUCGUCUGAUAUUUUUGCCUUCCUGUGACAUCGGGUGCUGUAGGUGUCCUGGAGGGCAGGCAGUGUGCCACAUGUGAUGUGUUGGGCAGACCACAGAACCCUCUGGAGAGCCCUGCGGUUGCGGGCGGUGCAGUUGCCGUACCAGGCGGUGAUGCAGCCCGACAGGAUGCUCUCAAUUGUGCAUCUGUAAAAGUUUGUGAGGGUUUUAGGUGCUAAGCCGAAUUUCUUCAGCCUCCUGAAGUUGAAGAGGCUCUGUUGCGCCUUCUUCACCACACUGUCUACGUGGGUGGACCAUUUCAGUUUGUCGGUGAUGUGUAUGCCAAGGAACUUGAAGCUUUCCACCUUCUCCACUGCGGUCCCGCCGAUGUGGAUAGGGGGGUACACCCUCUGCUCUUUCCUGAAGUCCACAAUCAUCUCCUUUGUUUUGUUGAUGUUGAGUGAGAGGUUAUUUUCCUGGCACCACACUCCCAGAGCCCUCACAUCCUCCCUGUAGGCGGUCUCGUCAUUGUUGGUAAUCAAGCCUACUACUGUUGUGUCGUCUGCAAACUUGAUGAUUGAGUUGGAGGCGUGCUUAGCCACACAGUCAUGGGUGAACAGGGAGUACAGGAGGGGGCUGAGCACGCGCCCUUGUGGAGCCCCUGUGUUGAGGAUCAGCGAAGUGGAGGUGUUGUUUCCUACCUUCACCACCUGGGGGCAGCCCGCCAGGAAGUCCAUGACCCUGUUGAACAGGGUGCGUCGGUGACACAAGCGGGUGAAGAAGGUGUUUAGCUUGUCCGGGAGCAGGACGUCGGUGUCCGCAAUGUGGCUGGUUUUCCCUUUGUAAUCCGUUAUUGUCUGUAGACCCUGCCACAUACAGUCAUGGUCAAAAGUUUUGAGAAUGACACAAAUAUUAAUUUUCACAAAGUCUGCUGCCUCGGUUUUUCAUGAUGGCAAUUUGCAUAUACUCCAGAAUGUUAUGAAGAGUGAUCAGAUGAAUUGCAAUUACUUGCAAAGUCCCUCUUUGCCAUGAAAAUGAACAUAAUCCCCCAAAAACAUUUCCACUGCAUUUCAGCCCUGCCACAAAAGGACCAGCUGACAUCAUGUCAGUGAUUCUCUCGUUAACACAGGUGAGAGUGUUGACGAGGACAAGGCUGGAGAUCACUCUGUCAUGCUGAUUGAGUUAGAAUAACAGACUGGAAGCUUUAAAAGGAGGGUGGUGCUUGAAAUCAUUGUUCUUCCUCUGUUAACCAUGGUUGCCUACAAAGAAACACAUGCCGUCAUCUUUGCUUUGCACAAAAAGGGCUUCACAGGCAAGGAUAUUGCUGCUAAUAAGAUUGCACCUAAAUCAACCAUUUAUCUGAUCAUCAAGAACUUCAAGGAGAGAGGUUCAAUUGUUGUCAAGAAGGCUUCAGGGCGCCCAAGAAAGUCCAGCAAGCGCCAGGACUGUCUCCUAAAUUUGAUUCAGCUGCGGGAUCGUGGCACCACCAGUACAGAGCUUGCUCAGGAAUGGCAGCAGGCAGGUGUGAGUGCAUCUGCACGCACAGUGAGGCGAAGACUUUUGGAGGAUGGCCUGGUGUCAAGAAGGGCAGCGAGGAAGCCACUUCUCUCCAGGAAAAACAUCAGGGACAGACUGAUAUUCUGCAAAAGGUACAGGGAUUAGACUGCUGAGGACUGGGGUAAAGUCAUUUGCUCUGAUGAAUCCCCUUUCCGAUUGUUUGGGGCAUCCGAAAAAAGGUGAGCGCUACCAUCAGUCCUGUGUCAUGCCAACAGUAAAACAUCCUGAGACCAUUCAUGUGUGGGGUUGCUUCUCAGCCAAGGGAGUGGGCUCACUCACCAUUUUGCCUAAGAACACAGCCAUGAAUAAAGAAUGGCACCAACACAUCCUCCGAUAGCAACUUCUCCCAACCAUCCAAGAACAGUUUGGUGACGAACAAUACCUUUUCCAACAUGAUGGUGCACCUUGCCAAAAGGCAAAAGUGAUAACUAAGUGGCUCUGGGAACAAAACAUCGACAUUUUGGGUCCAUGGCCAGGAAACUCCCCAGACCUUAAUCCCAUUGAGAACUUGUGGUCAAUCCUCAAGAGGCGGGUGGACAAACAAACACCCACAAAUUCUGACAAACUCCCAUUGAUUAUGCAAGAAUGGGCUGCCAUCAGUCAGGAUGUGGCCCAGAAGUUAAUUGACAGCAUGCCAGGACGGAUUGCAGAGGUCUUGAAAAAGAAGGGUCAACACUGCAAAUAUUGACUCUUUGCAUAAACUUAAUGUAAUUGUCAAUAAAAGCCUUUGACACUUAUGGAAUGCUUGUAAUUAUACUUCAGUAAACCAUAGUAACAUCUGACAAAAAUAUCUAAAAACACUGAAGCAAUAAACUUUAUGAAGACCAAUACUUGUGUCAUUCUCAAAACUUUUGACCACGACUUUACGUCUCGUGUCUGAGCCGUUGAAUUACGACUCCACUUUGUCUCUGUACUGACGUUUUGCCUGUUUGAUUGCCUUACGGAGGGAAUAACUACACUGUUUGUAUUCUGCCAUAUUCCCAGUAACCUUGCCAUGGUUAAAUGCGGUGGUUUGCGCUUUCAGUUUUGCGCGAAUGCUGCCGUCUAUCCACGGUUUCUGGUUUGGGUAGGUUUUAAUAGUCACAGUGGGAACAACGUCCCCUAUACACUUCCUGAUUAACUCAGUCACCGUGUCCGUGUACACGUCAAUGUUACAACACUGCCCUUUAUGACAAAAAAAGCUAUGUACCUGACUCACUUUUCAAAGAUUCCUAGAAAUGUACAUGUUUUGUGCUCUUGUAGUCAGCAAUAGAGGAUUGCUUCCUACAAACGAUCUAUAACUGGGCUAAUAACUCACUAACUAGGAAAGGAUAUGAACAAAAUGUGCACAUGUGGCUACAUGCAGCUCUCGUUUUGAUCUCAAAACAAGCGCAUCUACUCACGACCGCUCAUGCUGUAAACACAGUCCAGUUCAAAGUAAAUGGCACAGAUCCAUAUACGGUAAUGGUCUAUUUACAUAUAGGCCUGCCGCAGCUCUGAUUGGUUUUGCCGCACAGGUCUGUGUAGAGUAUGGGCUGAGUAGUGCGUGUCAAUGCAAUAGAAUCCUACUCCGAUGCGUUCUGCCUACAACAAUAUCUGUUGCAUAGUUUUUGUUUCGGUAUGUUGCAUUGAAAGUGGCGAACAUUGUGUUGAUUCGAUCACAAUUGCCACAGUAAAGGGAAACGUUGGUAGUGUUAACAGGGAAAACUCUAGAACGGUGGUCACCAACCCUUUCUGAGUCGAUCACUUUCUGAAUCUAAAUGCAAGCCGAGAUCUACCGCUCAGAUUUGAAAAAGUAAGACUAUACAUUAGCCAAUUAAAAACAGUCCUGUAGCAAUGAGGAUUGUGCAGUAAGCUAUAGGCCCAAUACAUUGUCACUGCAUAUUGGCUUUGCUUGAAUUGCCCUGCCAAUGCAAUUUUUUUGUUUGGGCAAGUAUGAUCACACCGGUGAUAGAUCCGUUGUUGUAAAACAUGUGAGGCACAUCCGAGUGAGCAUACAUUUAAAUAAUGAGCUUUUUAUUUUACUGGGCUGAUGGUUCCUGCAUCUGAUGGUCAGUCUCAGCGGUGGGAGAGAGCAGCAGACUGACGGUCCGCCUCACAACAUCCCUCCGCUCUCCCUUUCCUCCACUGACACUGACCAAAAAGGGACACCGUCUUCCAGCUGAUGGGGAAACUCGAGUCGCACCGCAUUAUUUCUGCCUCAUGCACAAAUUCAUGUUGUUACUCCUAUGAACAGAGAAAGUGAAAUAUUCCUCGAUAUUAAAAAAUUCCGCUAAUAAUAACAACAACGCAAGCCUAUAAAAAUACACUUUCCUACUCAUUCAUUACUGCUGCACUGCUUGAUGUAGCGCUGAGUGGAAAUACGAAGAACGUGCAUUUUACGGCUUAUAAAAGUGUUGAAUACAAAGUGUUGACAGUGCUGAGUAAGAACUUAAACAUGAACUCACUCAUACAAACAGCAGCUCUUUGCUGUAUUCGUUGACAGUCUCUCUCAUGGUUUUAAACGUUUUGAAAUCUCACAGUAUCAACUUUGCUGUAGCUUUCUUUUAUGCCUGCUACGUUACUGCAGACAAGGUCAUCUGAGCCAUCUGAUUGGCCAGCGGUAGUCCUAUAGUGCACUUGAUUUGCUCUCUGGGCCCGCCGGGAAGGAAGAGUUUGUACUUUCAGACACAUGAAAUGGUUCAAAAUGGCAACAGUUUGCCUACCCGGCACGCAGGGCAGUUGAAUCGGGUGCACCUACUGCCAACAGCCCAAGACUAAUAAAAUAAAAUAGGAACACAAUACUUUUUUUUUUUUUUUUUUUACAGAAAUGUUUGGCGUUAGGCCUCCCGAGUGGCGCAGCGGUCUAAGGCAAUGCAUCGCAGUGCUAGAGGCGUCACUACAGAUCUGGGUUCGAUCCCGGGCUGUGUCGCAGCCGGACGCGACCAGGAGACCCAUGAGACGGCGCACAAUUGGCCCAGCAUCGUCCGGGUUAGGGUAGUGUUUGGCCGUCUGGGAUGUCCUUGUCCCAUCGCGCUCUAGCGACUCCUUGUGACUUCAGGUCGCCAGCUGUACGGUGUUUCCUCCGACACAUUGGUGCUUCUGGGUUAAGCGAGCAGUGUGUCAAGAAGCAGUGCGGCUUGGCGGGUCGUGUUUCGGAGGACGCAUGGCCCUCGACCAUCGCCUCUCCCGAGUCCGUAGGGGAGUUGCAGCGAUGGGACAAGACUGUAAUUACCACUAGGAUAAAAAAGGAAUAAUAAUGAAGACUAAUGUUCCACCAGUCGUUGAGUGAUGUUCAGACUCCUACUUCUCUUUGUGGGCUGAUAUUUCAGUCCCGGGCAGCUGCGAGGCAGUCUUGGGGCUACUGUGCACGCGCGUAGCUUAGAGGGAACAUUGGAUGUAAUGUCUCUCCAAGUCAAUAUGCCGUUUCUGCCAGGUCAUCCCUGAUAUGUGUGUGUGUGAUCCGUUUUGGUCUGAGUUUCCCAUGUCCAAGCGUAAUCUGUGUGUUGGACAUGAGUAUGCUGUGCAUGUAAUUCUGUAAUUAUCUGUGCGUGUCUGUCAUUACAUAAGCUCGGUAACCCUCCCCGUUCUCUCUUCCCCCUCUCUUCCCCUCUCUUCCCCCUUGCUCUCUCAGUGGAUCAGCCAGGGUCAAGCAGUGUAUGCAGAGGCCCUGUGGGACCAUGUGACAAUGGAGGAGCAGGAGCUGGCGUUCAAGGCAGGGGAUGUGAUCCGGGUGCUGGAGGCCCCUCACAAGGACUGGUGGUGGGGCAUGGGGGCAGACAGGGAGGCCUGGUUCCCUUCCAGCUUCGUCAGGGUAAGACAACACUGAGUCAACACAUUUGUGCACUAGCCUUGUUGCAUUGAAAAGAAAGAAAAAUCAAUCAAAUUCAAUUAUUUAAGUUUUUAUUGAUAUUUUUUCACAACAACAAGAUACAAACAAGUCAGGUCAUGAAGCAAACAGAGGUCACAAACAAAACAACUUCUGCACAAGACACCAUAGUUGGGUCAUUGAAAUGAUCAGCUCAGCUCAGGAAAUACAAGAAAAUACAAGAGGCUUCCAUGUUUUGUCUUAAGUAGACAUUCUGUAUAAUUGAUGUUUACGCUAGACCCUGCCAGCCAAAGGCCCUGAAACUGUCUUGGAUCCAACCAAGCACCUUAGUAGUGUGUGUUCAAGGGUAGUGUGGGUUCAGAGGUUUCGGUGGUUUCCCUGGUGACUUGCGUUGAUUUACAGUUGCAUCUUAAUUAGGGAAGCUAUGGUGAAGCCAGUUGAUUGACAGGGGGGGUGACCGCUUGGUAAUUGCCCCUGUUGGUGAUUGUUGAUGACGGACAGGGGCUUGUUAACCAUACAUGGUGUUUUUUUGUUUGUUUAUUGUUUAUUAAAAUUGUAUUUAUUUAUUAAAGGGUAGAUCAGCUUUAAUAUUGCAGAUAUAUUGUAACUUCCAUCAAUGUAAUUGUCUGCAUCACUUCCAAUCCCCCAUAUGGUUUUUUUCUCGCAAAUAUAUAUCUCUAUAGAUAUCUCUCUCUCUAUAUAUAUAUAUAUACAGUGGGGAAAAAAAGUAUUUAGUCAGCCACCAAUUGUGCAAGUUCUCCCACUUAAAAAAAUGAGAGAGGCCUGUAAUUUUCAUCAUAGGUACACGUCAACUAUGACAGACAAAAUGAGAAAAAGAAUUCCAGAAAAUCACAUUGUAGGAUUUUUUAUGAAUUUAUUUGCAAAUUAUGGUGGAAAAUAAGUAUUUGGUCAAUAACAAAAGUUUCUCAAUACUUUGUUAUAUACCCUUUGUUGGCAAUGACACAGGUCAAACGUUUUCUGUAAGUCUUCACAAGGUUUUCACACACUGUUGCUGGUAUUUUGGCUCAUUCCUCCAUGCAGAUCUCCUCUAGAGCAGUGAUGUUUUGGGGCUGUCGCUGGGCAACACGGACUUUCAACUCCCUCCAAAGAUUUUCUAUGGGGUUGAGAUCUGGAGACUGGCUAGGCCACUCCAGGACCUUGAAAUGCUUCUUACGAAGCCACUUCUUCGUUGCCCGGGCGGUGUGUUUGGGAUCAUUGUCAUGCUGAAAGACCCAGCCACGUUUCAUCUUCAAUGCCCUUGCUGAUGGAAGGAGGUUUUCACUCAAAAUCUCACGAUACAUGGCCCCAUUCAUUCUUUCCUUUACACGGAUCAGUCGUCCUGGUCCCUUUGCAGAAAAACAUUCCCAAAGCAUGAUGUUUCCACCCCCAUGCUUCACAGUAGGUAUGGUGUUCUUUGGAUGCAACUCAGCAUUCUUUGUCCUCCAAACACGACGAGUUGAGUUUUUACCAAAAAGUUCUAUUUUGGUUUCAUCUGACCAUAUGACAUUCUCCCAAUCCUCUUCUGGAUCAUCCAAAUGCACUCUAGCAAACUUCAGACGGGCCUGGACAUGUACUGGCUUAAGCAGGGGGACACGUCUGGCACUGCAGGAUUUCAGUCCCUGGCUGCGUAGUGUGUUACUGAUGGUAGGCUUUGUUACUUUUGUCCCAGCUCUCUGCAGGUCAUUCACUAGGUCCCCCCGUGUGGUUCUGGGAUUUUUGCUCACCGUUCUUGUGAUCAUUUUGACCCCACGGGGUGAGAUCUUGCGUGGAGCUCCAGAUCGAGGGAGAUUAUCAGUGGUCUUGUAUGUCUUCCAUUUCCUAAUAAUUGCUCCCAAAGUUGAUUUCUUCAAACCAAGCUGCUUACCUAUUGCAGAUUCAGUCUUCCCAGCCUAGUGCAGGUCUACAAUUUUGUUUCUGGUGUCAUUUGACAGCUCUUUGGUCUUGGCCAUAGUGGAGUUUGGAGUGUGACUGUUUGAGGUUGUGGACAGGUGUCUUUUAUACUGAUAACAAGUUCAAACAGGUGCCAUUAAUACAGGUAACGAGUGGAGGACAGAGGAGACACUUAAAGAAGAAGUUACAGGUCUGUGAGAGCCAGAAAUCUUGCUUGUUUGUAGGUGACCAAAUACUUAUUUUCCACCAUCAUUUGCAAAUAAAUUCAUUAAAAAUCCUACAAUGUGAUUUUCUGGAGAAUUUUUUUUCUCAAUUUGUCUGUCAUAGUUGACGUGUACCUAUGAUGAAAAUUACAGGCCUCUCUCAUCUUUUUAAGUGGGAGAACAUGCACAAUUGGUGGCUGACUAAAUACUUUUUUUCCCCACUGUAUAUAUAUAUAUAUAUAUAUAUAUAUAUAUACACAGUGAGGGGAAAAAAAGUAUUUGAUCCCCUGCUGAUUUUGUACGUUUGCCCACUGAUAUAAUAUCUAUAAUUUUAAUGGUAGGUUUAUUUGAACAGUGAGAGACAGAAUAACAACAAAAAAAUCCAGAAUAACGCAUGUCAAAAAUGUUAUAAAUUUGAUUUGCAUUUUAAUGAGGGAAAUAAGUAUUUGACCCCUCUGCAAAACAUGACUUAGUACUUGGUGGCAAAACCCUUGUUGGCAAUCACAGAGGUCAGACGUUUCUUGUAGUUGCCCACCAGGUUUGCACACAUCUCAGGAGGGAUUUUGUCCCACUCCUCUUUGCAGAUCUUCUCCAAGUCAUUAAGGUUUUGAGGCUGACGUUUGGCAACUCGAACCUUCAGCUCCCUCCACAGAUUUUCAAUGGGAUUAAGGUCUGGAGACUGGCUAGGCCACUCCAGGACCUUAAUGUGCUUCUUAUUGAGCCACUCCUUUGUUGCCUUGGCCGUGUGUUUUGAGUCAUUGUCAUGCUGGAAUACCCAUAUACGACCCAUUUUCAAUGCCCUGGCUGAGGGAAGGAGGUUCUCACCCAAGAUUUGAAGGUACAUGGCCCUGUCCAUCGUCCCUUUGAUGCUGUGAAGUUGUCCUGCCCCCUUAGCAGAAAAACACCCCCAAAGCAUAAUGUUUCCACCUCCAUGUUUGAUGGUGUUCUUGGGGACAUACGCAGCAUUCUUCCUCCUCCAAACACGGCGAGUUGAUGCCAAAGAGCUCCAUUUUGGCCUCAUCUGACCACAUCACCCAGUUCUCCUCUGAAUCAUUCAGAUGUUCAUUGGCAAACUUCAGACGGGCAUGUAUAUGUGCUUUUUGAGCAGGGGGACCUUGCGGGCGCUGCAGGAUUUCAGUCCUUCACGGCGUAGUGUGUUACCAAUUGUUUUCUUGGUGACUAUGGUCCCAGCUGCCUUGAGAUCAUUGACAAGAUCCUCCCGUGUGGUUCUGGGCUGAUUCCUCACCGAGGUGAGAUCUUGCAUGGAGCCCCAGGCCGAGGGAGAUUGACAGUUAUUUUGUGUUCCUUCCAUUUGCGAAUAAUCGCACCAACUGUUGUCACCUUCUCACCAAGCUGCUUGGCGAUGGUCUUGUAGCCCAUUCCAGCCUUGUGUAGGUCUACAAUCUUGUCCCUGACAUCCUUGGAGAGCUCUUUGGUCUUGGCCAUGGUGGAGAGUUUGGAAUCUGAUUUAUUGAUUGCUUCUGUGGACAGGUGUCUUUUAUACAGGUAACAAGCUGAGAUUAGGAGCACUCCCUUUAAGAGUGUGCUCCUAAUCUCAGCUCGUUACCUGUAUAAAAGACACCUGGGAGCCAGAAAUCUUUCUGAUUGAGAGGGGGUCAAAUACUUAUUUCCCUCAUUAAAAUGCAAAUCAAUUUAUAACAUUUUUUACAUGCAUUUUUCUGUUUUUUUUGUUGUUAUUCUGUCUCUCACUGUUCAAAUUAACCUACAAUUAAAAUUAUAGACUGAUCAUUUCUUUGUCAGUGGCCAAACGUACAAAAUCAGCAGGGGAUCAAAUUCUUUUUUCCCUCACUGUGUAUAUGUAUACAUAUAUAUAUAUAUAUAUAUAUAUAUAUAUAUAUAUACAUACAUACAUACAUACAUACAUACAUACAUACAUACAUACAUACAUACAUACAUACAUACAUACAUACAUACAUACAUAUCCUUAAAAAAUAUAUAUUUUUCUUUAUUACUUUCCAACCCCACCGCCCCUUCCCCAAUUGGAGCAAACUAGUGAACAACAACGCCUAGGCCUCUACUUCCAGCCUAUCCACACUACACACAUCUUAUGGACACAGCCAACAUGGUGUUUCUAAUGUUACCAUAGGAAUGUAGGUUGGGUUAACUGCAUUUAAUUUACAGGUGCUAGUAUAGGCGAACUGUGCGUGACUGUGGUUCACCUGGUAAUAUGUGUGUGUGUGUGCGUGCGUGUGUGUGUGUGUGUGUGUGAUUUGACAGGUGCGUGUGAAUCAGGAGGAGGACUCUGGAGCGGAGAGUGUAGGGAGUUGUGCUCUGGACCAGGAGGACCCACACACUGCCCCCCGGGACACACACAGCGCCGAGCACCGAGACCAGAUGAGGACCAAUGUGGUCAAAGAGAUCAUGAACACGGAACGCAUCUACAUCAAACACCUCCGGGACAUCUGUGAGGUGGGUGGAGGCUCGACCAUAAACGUUAACCGACCCUAACCCAUGUCUCCCCUCCUCCAUCGUCACUGACAUUACAACUAGGGUAGAAUUUCUAUUGGUUUUGCUCUCCUCCUCCUGCUCUCCUCCGUCCUCUCCUUGCCUCUUUUUGAAAAAGGUCAAAGGUAAUCGAGGAGCGGAGGAGAGGAAAUGUGGAAACUAAUGCGCUUGUAUGAAAUUAAACUCUCCCUCUCCACUCACGCGUCACCCGGCAAAUGAUCCACUUCGCUGAUCCUCAACACUGGGGCUCCACAAGGGUGCAUGCUCAGCCCCCUGCUGUACUCCCUGUUCAUCCAUGACUGCGUGGCCACGCACGCCUCCAACUCAAUCAUCAAGUUUACAGACGACACAACAGUAGUAGGCUUGAUUACCAACAAUGACGAGACCGCCUACAGGGAGGAGGUGAGGGCUCUGGGAGUGUGGUGCCAGGAAAAUAACCUCUCACUCAACGUCAACAAAACAAAGGAGAUGAUCGUGGACUUCAGGAAACAGCAGAGGGUGCACCCCCCCUAUCCACAUCGACGGGACCGCAGAAGGUGGAAAGCUUCAAGUUCCUUGGCGUACACAUCACUAGCAAACUUAAAUGGUCCACCUACGCAGACAGUGUCGUGAAGAAGGCGCAACAGAGCAUCUUCAACCUCAGGAGGCUGAAGAGAUUUGUCUUGGCACCUAAAACCCUCACAAACUUUUACAGAUGCACAAUUGAGAGCAUCCUGUCGGGCUGUAUCACCGCCUGGUACGGCAACUGCACCGCCCGCAACCGCAGGGCUCUCCAGAGGGUGGUGCGGUCUGCCGAACGCAUUACCGGGAACAAACUACCCGCCCUCCAGGACACCUACAGCACCCGAUGUCACAGGAAGGCCAAAAAGAUAAUCAAGGACAUCAACCACCCGAGCCACUGCCUGUUCACCCCGCUAUCAUCCAGAAGGCGAGGUCAGUACAGGUGCAUCAAAGCUGGGACCGAGAGAAUGAAAAACAGCUUCUAUCUCAAGGCCAUCAGGCUGUUAAAUAGCCAUCACUAGCACAUUAGAGGUUGCUGCUGCCUAUUGAAAUCACUGGCCACUUUAAGAAAUAGAACACUAGUCACUUUAAUAAUGUUGACAUAUCUUGCAUUACUCAUCUCAUAUGUAUAUACUGUAUUCUAUAAUAUUCUACUGUAUCUUAGUCCAUGCCGCUCUGUCAUUGCUUGUCCAUAUAUGUAUUUUAUAGAUAAAAGGAUAAGUAGCAUAUAAUUUUAUAUGUAUGCAUGCUCUUCUCCUCUGAGAACACCUGAUUCAAAGGAGGCAUGGCACUUCCGCGCUACCUGCCGCAAGGACACUCUUGUGCGUCCUCUGUCGAAGUUGGAAAUGGAGGAGAGGAGCAGAUGCCUUUGUUUUCACCUACUAACCAUUUGACACUCUUCUCGACCACUUAUCAGUUUCCGGGUCACGGAGGAGAGGAGGACAGAGGAGUCAAGGAGAGAAGAGGACUGACUUUUAUUCAAAUGAGAAUCUCCCUAGUGCUCUGGAUCUCCACCAGCUUCAUUGGCUCUCCCCCUGCUGGUCAAACCUUGCAUUGACCACAACUCAAUAGUAACGGUUAUUCCUUGUUACAACUUAAACAUCUGACUAUGUCUAAUGCUUUUCCCAGGGCUAUAUCCGUCAGUGUCGUAAAAACCCGGGCAUGUUCACUGAGCUGCAGCUGAAGACCAUUUUCAGUAACAUCGAGGACAUCUAUAAGUUCCAGAGACAGUUCCUCAAAGACCUGGAGAAGAAGUACAACACAGACCAGCCUCACCUCAGUGAGAUAGGAGCCUGUUUCCUCUCACAGGUACUUCUACCUUUCUACACACACAGUCACACACAUACACAGAUUGUAUUACUACAUACAGCAUUUUUCCAAAACAUUUUUCCUGUAAACAUUUCACUGUAUACAUUUCAAAACAGUCACAUCCCUAUUUGGUAAGGUUUUAUUUAACUCUCUUGCCCCCUCUCUCCCUCCUUUUUUCCCUCUCCCCUCUCUGUAUCCCCCCUCUCUCUCUCUCAGGGGGAGGGUUUCUCCAUCUACUCUGAGUACUGUAACACCCACCCUGCAGCGUGUGGGGAGCUGCAGCGCCUCAUGAAGCUGGGCAGGUACAAGCACUUCUUUGAGGCCUGCCGGCUGCUGCAGCAGAUGAUUGACAUCUCCAUCGCUGGCUUCCUGCUCACGCCCGUCCAGAAGAUCUGCAAGUACCCCCUGCAGCUGAGAGAGCUGCUCAAAUACACCCCCAAAGACCACAGGUAAGUCACAACACACACACACUUUACAAACUUCACAACAUAUACUGUACCCACACAUGCACCUAUACACACACCUAUACACACACACACGGAUACACACACAAACCUUUUCACACUCUCAAAUGCUGUUGAUGUUGUGUGCUGUAGUGACUACGGUAGAGUGAGUGAUGCGUACGAGGCGAUGAAGAACGUGGCGAGCCUCAUCAAUGAGGGGAAGAGGCGGCUGGAGAGUGUUGACGCCAUCGCUCACUGGCAGGUGGCCAUCCUACACUGGGAGGUGAGAGAAUCUUCUACUUGUGUUAUUACUGUAGCAGAAAGAUGUUAUACCUAUGCUAUUGCCAUCGUAGCAGGAACUCAUGUUGUCUACCUGGCUCAAAGUAAUGCACUGAGUGGGGUGAUUUGAGAUGUAGCUAGUGGAUCAAUCAAUGAUCUAACAAUGACUGCAACUCAACCUAAUGAAUGUCUCUCUGUCAUUGUUCCUUUCAGGGAGCAGACGUGUUGGAGCGCAGCUCGGAGCUGAUCCACUCUGGAGAGCUGACCCGGAUCACCUGGCAGGGCAACAAGACACAGCAGCGCAGCUUCUUCCUGUUUGACCACCAGCUGGUGUUCUGUAAGAAGGACGUACUGCGCCGCGACCUGCUGCACUACCGCGGCCGCCUGGACAUGGACCACACGGAGGUCCUGGAGAUGCCCGACGGCAGGGACCCUGAGCUGGGCAUCUCGCUGAAGAACGCCCUGCGGCUCCGCAACAGCUCCACCCUGGAGACCCUGUGUUACCUCUGCUGCAGAAAGCCCAAGGACAGACAACGCUGGCUGCAGGCCUUCGCCAGGGAGAGACUGAGAGUACAGGAGGACCAAGAGAUGGGUGAGGAGGGGUGGGAUGGAGAGAUGGAGGGGAAGGGAAGGAGACUAGAAGAGGGGAAAGGUGUUUCACCAGAGGAGAAUGUGUAAGUGUUGAAUGACAUUUGAUUGGCUGUUUUUUUUCUUUAUUUUAUUUUUAAGGAAUGAAGAUCAGUGAAACGCAGCGAAAACAAGCAAUCUUCAAUGCAAGGAAAUCCAAACAAGGGAAAAUGAAGAGUAAGCGUUAAAUACAUCAUGCUUUUUUAUUCUUACAGUUGCUGUGCAUGUGGUAUUGGAUUCAUUUUAUGCUCACUAUUGUAAAGAAUGUUUUAAAAACGUUGUGUUUGUGUGUUUUGUAUUUCCUCCACAGCCAUUGGCUACUCUGGCACUGUCCCGCCACACCACCAGCCCCUGCAUCCAAUUCACCAGCGCCACGUUACCGUGCCAACCAGCGUGCCUCAGCAGCAGGUGUUCACAUUGGCCGAGCCCAAGCAAAAGCCCGCCCACCUGUGGUACACCUUCACCCGACACGCCUUCUUCAGGAAAUGAGGAUCCACCCCCCCCUCCUCUCGCCUGUUCCUGACUCUAAAUGUUCUGACCACGCCUAGAAUUGUCCUAAUGACUCAAAGAAAAACGUACAGUUAUGGACCCACAUAUUUCAGGACAGUAUCUGUGCACAUACUACUUUGUGUAAUGUGUGUUUUAUCAAUGUGUUUGUGUGCCUCUUAAAGUGGGUCUAUAUGUCUGUGUGUUUU